CGAGGUUUCAUAGAACCUGUUUGAAUGUACAAUUACGUAGUAGUUUAUAUAGCAAGUUGUUUCGAGUCAAAAUGAGUCGUUUUCGAGGAAAAACACUAAACUUACGUGAAUUCUUGACUAGAUCUGAAGCUCUGAAGUUGUACCGAGACAUUCUGCGCGCGCUGAGACGAGUCGACAGCGUCAGCGAUCGGCAGCAGUUGACAGAAUGGGCAAGAAGUGAAUAUCAACAAGCUCGACAUGAAAGAGAUCAGGAGUCUAUACAAAUGCAUCUGACCAGAGGAAGAGCUCAACUAAAAAGCUUGGAAGAAACAUUAGGAAGAGCAAGAUGAAUAAUUGUAUUAGAUGUUGCAUCGUCAUGCAACUUAAAUUGCUAAUUUA